CACACUUAUCGUCUCUGCCAGCAGGCAGCAGCAGCGCCGUUGAUGAGAGUGGGAACUUUAACAAUCACUUCUCCUUUACAACAUCUUAUUUCUACCGCCGAACAGGUCGAGGCGAAUUAAUGCUAUUCUGGUUUGACGUCAGAUAAAGGCAGCUCACAACUUUAGACGGCUGUUUGUACAUCUUGCAGAGCUGUUGAUGAUGUAGCGUCAGAUAGUUUUGGUGAAGGGGGCGAGGUUUGUUUCAGCUCCAGUAGAAAAUGUUGACAAAACUCCUCACGCAUUUCUGAGGAAACUACAGUUUAUUGGCCUUCAGGAAUGGAAUUUCCAGUGAACGACAUUGAUGUCUGAGAUGAGCUGAACUUAUGUAUUUCAAAUAUGGCAGGAAUAGCAUGGUAUCAGAAAAAAAUUGGAGCUUAUGAUCAGCAGAUUUGGGAAAAAUCUCUGGAACAGACUGAGUUUAAGGGCUUUGGAAACAAACUUAAAAAGACUGGCCAUAUUAAGCCAGAUCUCAUUGAUGUCGAUCUAGUGAGAGGUUCCACAUUUAGCAAAGCUAAGCCAGAAAGCCCUUGGACUGCUCUGACUCGUAAAGGCUUGGUUCGAGUCCUUUUCUUUCCUUUCUUUUUUCAAUGGUGGAUCCAAGUUACGUCUAAAUGCAUCUCCACCCUCAUUUUGGUUCUCUACGUGCUUCAAGUGGCAGGAGCUGUGCUGUAUUUUGAGGUGCCAGCAGCCUGUGCUAGUGAGGUUGUUGGUCCGUUGUGUCUAAUGCUGUUGUUGGGAACAGUGCAUUGCCAAAUAGUAUCCACGGAAUCCUCCAGAAGCCCAGACAUCAGCCCUGUUCCCAGCCGGACAGCCAGCCCUGUUCGCAGGAAAAGACAGAGGAAGAGUAGAAAGGCCAAGAGGUCUGGGGAUGAAGGCAGUCGAGGGGCAGGGAUAGUAGAACUCAAACCCUGGCAACUUGAAGACAACCAUCGGCUCUACAGAUCAGAGAAGACUCUGAACUCUCUGAGGAGGCCUCCAUAUGGGGCAUCUGAAGAUCUAUCAAGUGAAGAAGAGGAAGCAGAAGAAGCAGAGCUACAAAGAGAGAGGCUCUUCUUAUCAGCGCCUCCCAAAUAUGCCAGCGCUCUGAGAAACAGACUUCACAACGUUCCCAAGAACAAUCUGCAACCCCAGGCUCAGGCAGAGAGUAAUGGCGUGCCAACAGAAAUCCCAGGGCUGCCACGUGAAGUUGAGCAUCUCCGGCCUUCAGAGGGAUCGCGUCCUGCUUCUGACACAGAUGAUAUGUUGUGGGAGGAGCUUUUACAAGAUUCUGACUCCGCCUCCACAGGAAGCAGUGAGAUUGGGGAGGAGGAGCCUCACAGUCAAAGCCACUCCCUUCCUGUGCCCACCAUUGCUUUAACAAGUGAUGAGGAUGAGGACGAGGCCUUACCGCAGCACCAGUUUUCAUGGCUACAAGCUUGUCACCCAUCCAAAGACCGUGUCAGUGCCAUUAUCUGGGAGCAAGGAGAGUGUAAGAAAGCAGACAUGUCGGUGCUGGAGAUCAGUGGUAUCAUUCUCACACGAGUGAAGGUGGUUGAACAGGGGAUGGGUUAUCUGAUAUUUGGUGGUCUGGUCACUGCAUCACUGGCUCUGCUGCCCUACUGCUUCAGACUGGCGCAGAAACUGGAUCUCAAUGCAGUUUCCCUGGAGGAUCUGCCAGCAGUCGCCAUUGGGUCGCCUUGUGCCUUCUCCUAUGCGUUUUUCAUCAUCGCCACCAUGGAAAGAGUUUUCCUCUGUGGACUCUUCUUCUUUAUGAUGUGUGUGGCUGAGAGGACGUAUAGACAGCGCCUUUUAUUUGCAAAACUCUUCAGCCAUCUCACAUCUGCACGCAAAGCCAAAAAAUCAGAGAUUCCUCACUUUCGGCUGAAGAAAGUACAGAAUAUCAAGAUGUGGCUUUCACUUCGAUCAUUCCUAAAGAGACGUGGCCCUCAGCGGUCUGUCGAUGUCAUUGUAUCAUCAAUUUUCCUCUUGGCUUUGUCCAUUGCCUUCAUCAUCUGUGCACAGCUUCUGCACAGUCACCACACAUUUCUGGACUCAGAGACCAACUGGGAGCUGGUGGUGUGGUGUGCGGCUCUCAUGGUCUUCCUCCUCCGCCUCGCAACACUCGGAGCAGAGACCAACCGAAAAUACAGCAAUGCUUCUGUGCUUCUGACUGAACAGAUCAACUUGUAUCUUAAAAUGGAGAAGAAACCCAACAAAAAGGAUCAGCUGAACAUAGUAAACAACGUGCUGAGGCUGGCCACCAAAUUACUGAAGGAGUUGGACACUCCAUUUCGUCUGCUAGGCCUCACAGUGAACCCGCUCAUCUACAAUAUCACACGAGUGCUCAUCCUGUCCGCCGUUUCUGCUGCUGUCAGCGAUUUAUUAGGGUUCAACAUCCGGCUCUGGAAGAUCAAACCAUGAUGACUUUUACACUGCCAGCGUCUUAACUCUGGGGGCCAGAGAGACUCUUAAAGCAACCAGAUGACCAAGUAGUUGUUAUUUUAAAAAACUGUGCAAAUCUACUGACCAAACGUAUGCAUUUUUUCUUUUGUACCCUGUGCCUUCGGCUAGACCGAGCAAACCUGUGUUCAACUCUGCAUUCUUGUUGAGUUUUCUUCUUACUCCUAAAGUCGUUAAAGAAGCACAACAAGAUUGCAGUGGCUUUUCUUGAUGCACUUGCUUACUGUAACUACUUACCAGUUAUAUUACAAGCAGUGGUCACUGUUAUCCAUAAAUGUAGCCACUGCGAGUGUAUUAUGUGGUCUGGAAGCAACCACUUAAAACGGAACCACUAUGUGCCUUGUGAAUAAUUGCAUAUGACAGUACUUUUAGAUAAGCUAUUUAUGAGAUAUGGAUUUGUCAACUGCUGAAUAGGGCAAUUCAAUUGAGAUUUUUAAGAAAAGGGUACUGAAAAUCUUGCACACUGAAGCUCUUGGAGGAGCACUUUCUACUGGCAUUGUAUAAGAAUAAACCUUUCUCCAAGAUUCUUCUUUAAUCAUCAAUCCUUAAGCAAAUAUUUGAGGAUUUGGGAGGUUGAGUAAUUGUGAAUGUAGAAUGUGAUGGGUCUGAUCACCCUUCCUCCUGACUAUUAAAUAUUCAGAAAAAGCAA